UAUAGCAACUAAAAAGUUGGGGGGAAGUCUAUUUUUUAAUAGAUGAAUUACGGGUUUAUAAAGCUCCAUGGUUUAAGUGAUUUACAAUAAACAUCAUCAGGAGAAAGGCAAACGUUAAAUCAUGGAUUCCGAUGGAGGAAAAAUGACCGUUUUGGAUGGUUAUUCACCUGCCAAGAUCUUUGAGACACGUCUCUUGGAGGUGAAGCAACAGGAGGAGAAGGCACUGUCAGCAGAGAGAGCCCAGGUCCUCUUUGAGGUGUUUGAUGAAGUCUUACCACAGCUGGGGAUCUUCAGAAAUGUUCUCAAGAUGGUGCGGGAUGAAAUAUUUGAGGCAGUCUACAGUGACCAGUACACAAGCUCAAAGGAGACGCACACGCCGUACAACGCAGCCACCAACGUCGUCACUGACAGGAGGGAAGAAGAUCGGACAUUUAUCCAGCGGAUUCCGUACUUCACUUUGGUCCAGAGAGUUUAUGCAGAAAGACACGAGGAGGCAGCUAACCUACGGGAUGAGAUUGAAGCCCUCGAGGAGCGUCUUGCAGACAAGACUCAGCAGCACGAGGACACCGUGGCCGUUGUGGAAUCACAAACCGCCCGGAUCGGGGAACUCAAAGACGAGAUCGCGAAGGCCUUGCAGGACGUCGAAGACAGGGAUGUGGAGAUUGAGAAACUCAACGAUGAUUUGGAAGAGUUGACAGAAGACACUGACAGAGAGAGAAAGAACUUGGAGUUUCAGAAGCGCAAACUGCAAGAAAGGGUGACGGCUCUUGAGAAGGAGGCGGAAUUCUUGAGCCAGUACAAGAGUGGUUACGAUGCCCUUCAAGAAGCCUUCAAUGUCAAGAUUGAAGAGGACAAGUACACGUCCAGGAAAUCCAGAAGAUCGGUCUUAGCUAACAAAAAGAACCACCUGCUCACCAACUUCGAUGCUGCCAAGAAGCUUGAGAAGCAGCUCCUGGAGGUGCAGAACCAGACCAUCGAGGAGUUCGAGUCUUUCUUGGAGGCGCACAAGUCAGAGCUUCAGCACAAGGUUCUGCGGGAUACCGCCGACGGGGGCUUGCUGGAUAGAGAGUAUGACGAAGAGGAGAUGGAGCUCGAAAGGUUGGAUACAGAGUUGAGCACCGCGCAAGACCACUUCCAGCAGACCAUCACCGCCCUGAACACCGAGCUGGACAUGAUCCGGCAGCACAAGGACGCCAUCCAGCAGCAGACCCAGCAGCAGGCGGAGAAGCCCCGGGCCCAGGAGGCCAAGACGCCAAGCCGGUCACGCAGCGUGGCCUUCAAGGAGCCCAGUCCAGCCGGGGGAAGCUCCUUGGAAGGAGGGUAUCGGUACGGGAGAGAUGAGAAGGUCCCCAGCGUGAACGGAAAAGAGUCUGCGCUCUCAGUGGCCGACAACUUUGAGAACGUGGACCUCCUGAGCAGCGAGAUGGAUCCCUUCGUGCCCCAGGAGUCCAUCCUGAGCAAGUACAGCGUCAUGAUCUAUACCACCACCAACCAGAAGAAGACCUGGCAUGAGCUGAAAGACGCCAAGUUCUGCACCAGCUGCGGGGAAAAGACAGUUUUAUGUCCGCACAAAGUCAGCGGGGAGAAAAUAAUCAUGCUUCCACAUAACUGCAGUCACAUCAAGCUGUCGCGCCCAGGGGUACGCAUUCCCAUGGAGAGGACUAACAAAAGAGCGCUCCAUCCUCACCCACCGCCAACUUUAAAGUUAUCCUCCACCUUGUCCGAGUCGGGCAACCUGCCAGCCAGCGAUCCGGCUGGUACACGCAUCCGUAGCCGGUACUCUGUAUUGGAGAAGGACAACGAGCAGCAUAUAUUCCACGGGGAUUCCGUCACCCCCGGCGUAGCUGAUAGCGCCCCCACCUCCGCGACGCGGAUGGAGAAAGUGCAACAUUCUCAAGACCAACAGAUGAGCACUUUUAUGCCACUGUGGGAUGACUACAAAGAGAGAACCAGUCUAACAAGGUCUAUCCCCAAACCACUGGACAUGAAAAGGACACUCUCCAUCAUUGGCCAGUUCUAUGGCCACGCCUUGUGGCAAGACGAACACGCUUUGGAAGACGAGCCAAUAGUUGGUGUCCUCACUGGUUUCUACAAUUACAUGGCUGAUCGUUACAUUCUACCAGAUGUGAUGUAUCUGUGUGCCCAUGAUUUCAUCACUGCACUCAUGGAAUACUCUGUUGUCAACAAAGCAAUUCAGAUCUUUGCUCAGAUUCUCGUCGGUAACUUGGAUGCUGCAGUCUUCCGAUAUCUGCUGGUCGUUUGUGAUCUGAUCGACAGAGUGGACUGGCAGUACGUAGAGGACUUCAAGGCGUUUGCCACAGCCAUCUAUCCAUUCUUAAAUGAGGAUGACAUAGACCAGCUGCAUCUUGGCUACACGUCCUUCAGUGAGAACAAAGUCUCCAAGGCCUUAGUGUACGAAUACUUGAUGUACAUCAUUCUCAAGUACCGAGAACCAAGAUUUCAAGAAAUUGAGAGCAAGUUGUUACAAAGGCCCGGCAAGGAGUUAGGCCUGAUGAGCGAAAAGGAAUUCGGCGAGGCCGUGGAUGCCAUGUCACCCCUCGCUAACGAGAAACUACGGCAUCGCCUGUUUGCCGAGGCCCAGGCCCACUGUAGUGAGGGUCCUAAAGUAGCCGUCAUGCGUCUGUCUCAUAUCGCUAGCUACCUCCUUCUGCAGCAGGUUGCGCCGCUCUUGAGACAGAAAAUUGCCGAGAAAGUGGAGGACAGCAGAAUAUUGACCAGCGCCAACCAAGCCCAAUGUAAGUAAA